GGGACCGGACCGCCGCGCGACAACGCGCGGAGCCGGCGGAAAUGGUGCUGAUGUCCCGCGGCGGGCCUGGGAGCCGCGAACACUGUCGUCCUCCCGGGCCCGCCGAACGCGGUGCCCAACCCGGUCCCUUCCCUACCACUCCGGGACGCGGCCCGGGGGACCAGCCGGGCCCCCAGAAUGGUGCUCAAGGCCUUCUUCCCCACAUGCUGUGCCUCGGCAGACAGUGGCCUAUUGGUGGGACGCUGGGUCCCAGGACAGAGUAGUGCUGUGAUCCUGGCUGUGGUGCACUUUCCCUUCAUCCCCAUCCAAGUCAAGGAGCUCCUGGCCCAGGUGCAGAAGGCCAGCCAAGUGCAAGUGGCUGUGCUAGGCACCUGGUGCCACCGUCAGCAGGAACCGGAAGAGAGCCUGGGGAAUUUCCUAGAGGGCCUGUGUGCCAUCUUCUCCCAUGAUCCCUGGCUGCAGCUAUGCCGGGAGAGGGGUACCAGAUUCUGGAGCUGUAAGGCCACUUACCAUCAGAUGUCUAACACUCUGGACACACCCACUGAAGACCAGGUCAUGCUCAUUUUCUAUGACCAGCGCAAGCUGCUGCUCUCCUGGCUGCAUCAACCUCCGGUCCUGCCUGACUGCCAGAUUGGAGACACCACAGCCAGCACUGGAGGCCUAGCUGACAUCUUUGACACAGUGGCACGCAGUGAGGUGCUCUUCCGAAAUGACCAGUUUGAUGAAGGACCCGUACGCCUGAGCCACUGGCAAUCAGAGGGAGUGGAAGCCAGUAUACUUGUGGAGUUGGCAAAGCGGGCCUCUGGGCCUGUCUGCCUGCUGCUGGCUUCUCUGCUGUCCCUGAUCUCAGCAGCCAGUGCUUGCCGGCUGUGGAAGCUGUGGCCCCUUCCCUUCAUCAGAAGCAAGCUCUCCACUUGUGAGCAGCUCCGGCACCGGCUGAAGCACCUCUCACUCAUCUUCAGCACUGAGAAAGCCCAGAGUCCCACGCAGCUGAUGAGGAAGGCCAACAUGCUGGUUUCUGUGCUCCUGGAUGUGGCCCUCGGCUUGCUGCUGCUCUCUUGGCUCCACAGCAAUAACCGAAUUGGACAGCUGGCCAAUGCCCUGGUUCCUGUGGCUGAUCGCGUGGCUGAGGAGCUCCAGCAUCUGCUGCAGUGGCUGAUGGGUGCUCCUGCUGGGCUCAAGAUGAAUCGGGCACUGGAUCAGGUGCUGGGCCGCUUUUUCCUGUACCACAUCCAUCUGUGGAUCAGCUAUAUCCACCUUAUGUCCCCCUUUAUUGAGCACAUCCUGUGGCAUGUGGGACUCUCAGCCUGCCUUGGACUGACUGUUGCUCUGUCCAUCUUUUCGGACAUCAUUGCCCUUCUUACCUUCCACAUCUACUGCUUCUAUGUCUACGGUGCCAGGCUGUACUGCCUGAAGAUCUAUGGCCUUUCCUCUCUCUGGCGUCUGUUCCGGGGGAAGAAGUGGAAUGUUCUACGCCAGCGGGUGGAUUCCUGUUCCUAUGACCUUGACCAGCUGUUCAUUGGGACCUUGCUCUUCACCAUCCUGGUCUUCUUGCUGCCCACUACCGCUCUGUACUACCUGGUAUUCACCCUGCUCCGGCUCCUGGUGAUCACUGUGCAGGGCUUAAUCCAUCUACUUGUAGACCUCAUCAAUUCCCUGCCACUAUACUCCCUUGGCCUUCGACUCUGCCGACCCUACAGGCUGGCAGCUGGUGUGAAGUUCAGAGUUCUGGAAAAGGAGGCAGGCAGGCCCCUCCGCCUCCUGAUGCAGAUAAACCCCCUGCCCUAUAGCUAUGUGGUGCACACCUACCGUCUGCCUAGCUGUGGCUGCCAUCCCAAGCACUCCUGGGGUACUUUGUGCCGAAAGCUGUUCUUCGGAGAGCUCAUCUACCCCUGGAGGCAGAGAGAAGACAAACAGGACUGAGGAGUAGGACACAGCCCACUCAUAGCUACUGCACAGCCACCGCACCUCUUUCUGCCAAGAUAGCACUGACCAUGGGGUCAUCUCAGGUCCCACAUGGGCCAACCAAACACUCUGUGUGCUCAAUGUAGGCAGGCCUUACCCCUGCCUGAGUUACUACUCUGGCUCUCAGACCCUGCCAGCUUCAGUCCUACAUUCUGUCUAGCACAGUGGUUCUCAACCUUCCCAAAGCUGUGACCCUUUAAUACAGUUCCUCAUGUCAUGUUGACCCUCAACCAUGCAAUUAUUUUCAUUACUACUUCAUAACUGUAAUUUUGCUAUUGCUAUGAAUAGUGAUAUAUAAAUGCCUGUGUUUUCUGACAGUCAUAGGUGACCCCUGUGAAAGGGUUGAGAACCACUGCUCUAGUACCACCUAUGUGGGGACCCACAUGCUUUUUGUAGUCAUUGCAGUAAGCCUGAUUCCUAGGAGUGCCUGGACUCCAUGGGAUAUGCUGGCAGGUCCUCUUGGCUGCUUUAUUGGGUGGGAACACUCCUGGGCACCUGGUGCACUCCACAAGCCUCAGCAGAACAUUCCCACUGGGAAACAGAGGCAGCUGCUGAUCCCUUGCCACCCCCACCCCCGCCCUGUGAACUAAUCCCUCACCCUGGACUUCAUUGGGUUUACUUGCUGCUCCCUGGAGAUUGCUCUGUGAAGUUGCUGCUAAUAGGCCUUUGGGUACCCUUUGCUUGAAGUUAGAUCAAAUGGGGUGAUUGGAUACCUGCCAACCUGGCUGCCCUGUUCUUGCUUAGUGUUCCAUGUAUGGAUAGGUUUGGCAGGGAACCAGGCAGAUUCCUUACGGGACCAGGCAGCUCCCUUCUGGACAGGCACUUCAUGGCUCACUGUGUGAAUGACCUUGGGGCAGUGAAAUGGCUAGGGUUCCCUAACACUAAGUGGGACCCCAUGUGAGCUAGUCCCUAGGAAAACCUCACUGCCCGAUGGUCUAGAAGUACCUGCUGUGGGCAGGAGGGGACAGCCAGCCCUGACUGUCUUUCAGGGGCACUCAGGACCAUCGAUAUUGGUUUGUCUUGUGCCUGCUUCCUCUUGUCUACAUUCUUAAGCAGCCAGUGAAGGGUUCUGGUGAAGAUGAAUCCUGAUCGUGUGCUAACAAUAAAAUCUCAUGAAUCUGGAGUAC